AUGCCGGCAGAAGACCUCAGCGACCUCAACAAACAAGCGAGGCGAUCAAUGACAUUGUUUUCAAGAGAUAAUCAUUACUGUCUCCUGGGAAAUGACAAUGGAAAGCUGGAUCAGAGUAAAGCACCCACUGAUCGCCAACAAGAUGGUGAUUCUUACAGAAAAGACCUCCAGAAGCUGCAGUUGUCCCCGUCUCUGCUCAGUAGUAUUCAGCCACCGUCGCAGAUGGACUCGUUUUUGCUACAAAGCAGCGGUCGCACGACAUCAGCCCGAUCAAUGGAAUCUCUCUCACAUCCACUCAAAAGAAUAGACUCCUGUCUCGCACCUAAAAGUGUCUAUGAAGGCAGACAAUCCAAUAAGAAGGUCCCACUCCCACAGGUUCUUCAGUAUGAGAACCAUGUGUUGCAGGAAUACGAUAGCAGUGGUGAGGAUAUGACUCACUAUGAGGAACUCUCAACUCUCCUUCCACACAUAUCAAAGGAACGUAUGGUUUCUGUGGAACCUCAGGUCCUACAGGGCUUUCAGGGUGUGAAGCCCAGACUGAGAAUUGGACUAAUUUUGAGCGGUGGACCAGCGCCAGGUGGACACAAUGUUAUUGCAGGUGCAUUUGACUAUUUGAAACAGAGGAAUAAGGAAUCACAGCUAAUUGGCUUCAUAGGUGGGUUGGAUGGAUUUCUAGAUCAGCGCUAUGAAAUUAUGUCCAGCCAGAGAAUGGACGAGUUUCGCAAUUUAGGAGGUUUUAAUAUGCUCUGGUCAGGAAGAGGUAGGAUUAAUGGCGACUAUGACCUUGAACUUGCCGUUUCAUGUGCGAAUAAUCUGGAGCUUGACGGUCUUAUCAUCAUUGGGGGUGAUGGUACCAACAGUAAUGCUGCAAUUAUCGCAAAUCAUUUUGCUCGCAUGUUUGACCCGUCUUGUACCUUUCCGGGGACAAAGUUAAACAAGAUGUGCUGUGUCAUUGGAAUACCAAAGACAGUUGAUGGUGAUGUUAACUCCAAAAAUAUUGAAAUUAGUUUUGGUUUCGACACAGCAGCAAAGACAUAUUCUGAGCUCAUUGGUAACCUAUGUACUGAUGCCAGCAGCACCCAAUACAAUUAUCACUUUGUACGUGUUAUGGGCAGAUCAGCUUCACAUUUGGCUCUUGAAUGUGCACUUCAGACCCACCCAAACAUGGUCUUGAUUGGCGAAGAGGUUGAGCAUAACCAGCAGUCUUUGCGUAGCAUAGUUGAUUCUAUUGUAGAGGUAAUUGAAAAGAGACAUGCCAUGGGUAAGCCAUUUGGUGUUAUUUUAAUCCCAGAAGGACUGAUUGAGUUUAUCCCGGAUAUGCGCGUAUUAAUUAAGGAACUAAAUGACACUCUAAAGGAUAACCCCAAGUCCGGUGUCGACUCAUCUUUGCUAAAGAAUAGUAAAGAUACAUGGGAGUUUAUGCCAGAGUCAAUUAGGGAACAAUUAAUCAAUGAUAUAGAAGCUGGAGGAUACAUUAUGGUUGCAAAAAUAGCCACUGAACGGCUCUUGUCCAUGUUAGUGGAGAGUAGGAUGGUUUCAAAGGGAUCAAAUCUUUCCGGGUUUACAAUCAUGACACACUACUUUGGUUAUGAGGGAAGAUGUGCAAUUCCAUCCGGAUUUGACGCUUCAUACUGUUAUGCUUUGGGAUACAAUGCAGGAGUAUUGAUAUCCAAUGGUAGAAAUGGAUACAUGUCAGUCAUCCGUAACCUCAAUGGUCAGAUUGAGGAUUGGAUUCCCAUAGGAGUUCCAUUUUUGCAUUUAAUGGAAGUUAAAGGUGAAACAAGAUAUCCUGCAAUACGGAAGACGCUUUUAAAUCUGGACGGUCAAUUGUUCCACACAUUUUCAAAGGUCCGCGAAAUUUGGGCAUAUCAGGAUGUAUAUAGAUCUCCUGGCCCUAUUCAAACAGAUACAGGUCUUUUAACGGUAAAGGCUCCACUUUAUAUUUCUUCUCCCACAGUAGGGGAUCUUGUAGGAGACCUGAAUGCACCGAGAACGAACAAACACCUGAACUUUAAGCACACUAGUUUCUAUAGUGAUUUGCAAAGGACAAGACUAAACGUGGUGCCUGAAAUUCCAUCAAUAUGUUCCAGCUUACAAGCUACCAUGCAACCUUUCAAACAGGUGUUUGAUGGCGACCAAUACUUGAAGAAUCAGAUUCUGUUAAACUAUCCAUAUUUAGUGAGUCACAGCAAAUUUAACUUGUACGAGGUUAUUCUUGACCAUUCCAAGGAUUCUAAUGAGCUUCUUUCUACUAUAGAUGAGAAUAAUAACGGAAGUUACGAUCCCCUUAGGGUUGGAAUUGUACCUCUUUCAAAACAUGCACCAGGUAUCGUUAAUGUAAUUUGGGGAGUUUUUGAGCGCGUUUCUCUCUUGUCUGGAAAAUGUUUUGCGUUCCAUGGUGCAAAGGGACUUACGCAAGGUGAUUAUAUUGAGCUUGAGGAUAGAGAUUUUGACUAUCUCAAGAAUUUGGGAGGUUUGGAGCUUGUCCAUAGAUCAAAGUUUUCCUAUUUUUAUGAACCAGAAAACUGGGAAAAGGCUCUGAAUUCUUGCAAAGCCCUAGAUUUGGAUGGCCUAAUAAUCCUUGGAGACGAGGGAUCAAUGACCCAAGCGUCUCUCCUAACGGAAUACUUUUUGAACAAAAAGAGCAAGACAUGUGUAAUUGGUGUCCCUGUUGCUGGAUCUAAUAGUUUGGGCAACAGCUUAAUUGAGAGUUGCGUUGGAUUUGAUUCUAACGCUAGGAUUUAUGCAUCACUUGUAGGAAACGUUUUGACAGACGCAGUAAGUAUGCCAAAGUAUUGGCAUUUUGUCAAGAUUCUUGGUAGAUACCCAAGUUUAGAAGUCCUGGAAUGUGCUAUGCAAACACACCCUAAUGUCGUCAUCAUAGCGGAAGAGUAUGGUUCUGCUGACAAGACACUUUUUGAUGUGGUACAGGAUAUUGCAGAUGCAGUUUGCAAGAGAGCGGAGAUUGGAAAAAAUUUUGGAACUGUGUUGAUCCCCGAUCAUCUUGUGUUGCAUCUUCCAAACACGAAAACUAUGCUUUACGAGUUACGUAGAGUAGUUAUGGAGGCUACGUACCAGGGAAAAAAGAAGGAAGUCAUGGACCAACUUGCAGAAUAUUCGGCAGCGCGUGAAGGGAACAACGGAGUGAGUCUAGAAGGCCUUGACUGGGUACGCAAAAUCACACCAUGGAGUCUUGCGGUGUUUGACUCCCUCCCUCCUUACAUUCGUAACGAGUUGCUACAGAUUGAUUUCGCAGAAGUGGCUCUAGAACGCAUUGAAAUUGAAAUUAUGCUUGCAAAAAUGGUGAAGGAGGAACUAAACUUGCGUAAGGAGCGUGGUGAAUACUCUGGCAACUAUGCUGCUGUUACACACUACUUUGGUUACCAAGGAAGAUGUUCUAUCCCAUCUGAAUUUGAUUGCAGUUUGGCUUAUGCAUAUGGACAUAUGGCUGCAAUAGCCUUGGAAAAUAAACUCACGGGAUACUGUUGCUCGAUCCGCGGUCUUUGUGGAAGCAUUCAGGACUGGAAACUAUUUGCUAUCCCAUUUACUUCUCUCAUGAAGAUUGCGCCUGAUGCAUUCGAGAUAUUCUCCAUGGAAAAGUUCAAAAAGGGGGAGAUGCCGGUUAUUCCUACUUCGAAUGUUGAUUUGCAAUCCAAGGCAUUCAGGAAAUUCAAGGUUGCCAGGAAGAGGUGGUUAUUGGAUGAUUUAUUUACAAACCCAGGGCCAAUACAAUUUGAUGGUUUUGUUGGUACACAAAGUAUGGUUUUAAUUACAGAGUUUGCGGAAUACUAUUACAUGCUUCGAUCCGUUGAGAAGUUCAGCGACGCACUGAAGAAUUCAUGUAAAUUUGGUGUUUCUGAGGAGUUUCUUAACCAUGUUUUCAUACAACUUUGGGGUCUUGUUAAAAUUGCGCAGAAACCUGGUGAAUUGAUCACUCUUGCUCAGGAAGUCCACGGCGCAUUAGACAAGCAGAAUGAAGAGGAACUUCCACAGUCGUAGGGAUUAGCUUUCCAAAAUACGAUCAUUGUUUCACGUGCGGUUUUAAGACCGUGCGAUAGCUAAUGUAGUAUAUUAUAAUCACUUCUACGGUAGGGGUGUC